AUGGCCAAAUUGAGGAUAAGUCUAAUGCCUGAAUCAAAUAAUGUCCCACUAUCUCCUAUAACUCCUUUUAGUCCUAUUAAUGAAAGGAUGGAAAAUCCUGCGGCGAGAUUAAUGCGUCAACUAAAAAAAUGGAGGAAAAAUGCUACUGAUAGAUGCAUAAGAGAUGCUUAUGGUCUUAGAAAUGAGUUGAUGGUUACUUUGAUUGUCGGUUCUUUUACUUUCAUCAUGUGGGGUAUUUGGGAAUCUUCUGUGCCUCAUUUCAAAAAUUAUUUCGGAAGUUUUAUGUUCCCAUGGAUCACUUUUAUUUUGAGUCACACUUUAUCAAUUACGAUACCUGUUUGGAAAUCAUAUAAAAAUUCUUUUGAUAUUUCUAAAUUGGCAACAUUCCAUGAUAAAAGGAUGUCACGUUCAAAAAAAUAUGAACAAUUUGAAAAGGUUUUGGCUGACCCUGAUCUAUUUAAACUUUAUAAAGCUUGUGCCGUAGCAUGUUUUUGCACAGAGUUAGUCCUCUUUUUAGAGGAAUAUCAAUUCCUGAAAAUGUUAGUGGCCAAAUGUUGCACACCAUCGAACAAAGGUUUUUUAAUUCCACCACCCACUCCAAAACUUCACCUGGUAGACACUAAUCACAUUUUUACUGAAGAAACUCUGCUUAUAAAAAAUACUUCUAUAUUACCACCGUUAUCACCUUCAAUUUAUAUUUCUACUCCGUGUACAAAGUCAAUCGUUGAAUCAAUUUCUGCUGCCUCCUGGAUUCCAUUCCCUUAUGAGCUUAGAUGUGACUUUAGAACGUUUUAUGAUACUUAUUUGGAUCCAAAUUCGGAUUUGGCAAUUAAUUUUUCUGGAAGUAUGGUAAAUAAUGUUAAAAAUAUGAUAGAUAAUGGUCAAUUUGAGUUGUCCAUGUUUGAAAAUGCUAGAGAAGAAACUUUGACUUUAUUGUAUGUUAACACUUUUGAAAAGUUUUUGG